UGGAUUGUUGCGCUGUUGCCCACCAGGAACUCCCUUUGGUUUGCUUGAGACUUCAGGAGAGCGGAGCGCAGGUUGAGGAUCGUGGCCAGGAUGGCUCUGCGCUCUGCGCCCUUCCUGCUCCUGGUGUUGGUGGCGGUCGCCCUCCGGGAGAGCUGCUUCGGCGCCUCCUCCCACUCCAUGAAGUAUUUCAUCAAUGCCAUCUCUGAGCCCAGUCAGGGGGAGCCCCACUUUGUCUCUCUGGGAUACGUGGAUGGUCAGGUCUUUGUUCGCUAUGACAGCCACAGCAGGAGGAUGAAGCCUCGAGUCUCCUGGAUGGAGAAGGUGGGGCAGGACGACCCCCAGUACUGGGACAGAGAGACUCAGAUAUUUCGUGGCCAUGAGGAGCUGUCCAGAGAUCACCUGGAGACUCUGAGGAGCCGCUACAACCAGAGUGAAGGCCUGCACACAUGGCAGAGGAUGUAUGGCUGUGAGCUCCAGAGAGAUGGGAGCAAAGGAGGGUUUAACCAACUUGGCUAUGAAGGGAGGACCUUCAUCAGCUUCGACAAGGAGACCCUCACCUGGGUGGCUUCUGAACCACAAGCACAGAUGACUCAGAGGAAAUGGAACGCUCUUCCAAGAAUGACUCAGCGAAAUAAGAUCUAUCUGAAGGAAAUCUGCAUUGAGUGGCUGGAGAAGUACCUGUCCUAUGGGAAGGAGAUGCUGUUGAGGACAGAGACCCCAAAGGUGACGGUGAGCAGCAGGAGGGAGGUGGAGGAUGGGAUGGAGACGCACGUCUGCCAAGUCCACGGCUUCUACCCCAGGGAGAUCGAUGCCUCCUGGAGGAGGGACGGAGAAGUCUGGCUGGAGGACACCUUCCAUAAGUCUGUGGCCCCCAAUGCGGAUGGGACCUACCACUACUGGCUCAGCAUCCAGAUUGACCCCAAAGAGAGGGGCCGCUAUCGGUGCCACGUGGAACAUGACAGCCUGCAGGAACCUCUGGACUUGGAGCUGAAGGAACCAAUCAAUUCAAAAUCCAACCUGGGGCUCAUCAUCGGCUGCAUUGUGGCUGCUCUUGUCCUGGUGGGUGUGAUUGCUGGGAUCCUGGUAUUCCUCAGAAGAUGUCAGGAUGGCUACAAUGCAGCACCAAGUGAGUGAUUUGUCCUCUUUCCAUGUAAUCUCCAACUUAGAGGAGGGACCAGAGGCACCACCAUCACUUGAGAGGUGGUGUGUGCGUGCGUGCGCACUCUUCAUCCUAAGAACCAGGCUGGGGAAGAUGGGCCUGCUUUUUCAUUGCAGCCAGGCUGUUCUUGGAAGUGGAGUCCUCAAGGAGAAACAUCUGGGAGAAGGAACUCUCAAGAAGUUGAGAAGACCUGGUGGUGGAAGGUCCCUCUGACUGAAAAAAGUGCUCUAUGUUUCCCAAGAAGGCAGAAAGGAAAGGCUUGGCCAAAUAAGAGUCAGAAGCUCCAUAAAAUCAGGGAUGAAAAGGGGACAUUUUGAGAGAAAAGGAGCUUUGGGGGAUGCCAGCUGGAUUUCCUAUUGGUCUCCCAUCACAAAGACUCUCUAAAUACGAACCGGUUACAAAAAUAAACUUUGGAUCCAUCUGUA